AUGGCGGUAAUUGAUCCCUCCAAAGAACACCUUUAUGGACCGAUUCACAGCGAAGACAUAGACUCAGAAUCCCGUAAAUUGUCUAGGGACUUUGAACCGAAGAUUUGCCAGAAGUCCCAUCUUUAUCUGAUUGCUCCGUGGAUUGCCUCCACCCUCUCGCUAGCCCUGAUUACGGCUCACCUGCUAUUUCAACAAGGAAAUGAUUCCUGCUAUCUAUUUACGUCUCCAUCAGCCUUCCGAACUGAUCUCCGCGAUGCACAUCCCUACAUCGCUUAUGAGGAACGUGUGUUCUCUGGGAAGCUUGCAUUCAACAAGGAGAUAGGCAAGGUUUACCGAGAUGUGAACCCAUCUGAGCCUCAAUAUUUCGGACUUCCAUCACCUGAGAUUGAUAAUGCCUGGGCUGACUUACUGAGAGGCGAGUUCGUAACGAUGACCGAAGAAGAAGCGGCACCAUAUACGCCAGAGCUGAAAAAGGACCCUCUUUCCCAUCACUACCACUUUGAACCUGACAUGUUCCACUCCCUCCACUGCCUCAAUGCAAUUCGAAUGGAACUCGACAUAGACUAUUAUACAACACAUCAUCAUCACCACGCCGAAGUGGAGGAAGCUAUCCAAAACUCUACCAACUUCCCAGAUAAUUGGGAUCGAAUUCACCGUGACCAUUGCCUAGAUCAGCUGCGGCAAGCUAUCCAAUGCCAUGGAGACCUAUCGCCGGUUCCUGUAUAUCAUUAUAAUAAUGAUAUAGUUGGGCUUGGAGUAGGGCAGGCUCACACUUGCCGCAAGUGGGGGCCUAUAAGGGAAUGGAUGGAUGCUCGUCAGACGAGUUAG